CUCAAACCGUUCAAAUACAAGCUCCACCAGCAGCUACACACUACUGCUUUCAGUACAGCUGCCAGAAUACAACAGAGGUCCAGGGCUUAAAAACAAAUACUUUUGUACAUUUACUACAUCAUGGAUGGGCCUCAGUGAACACAAAUGCAGUGUUAAUGCCAUACAGUGGAUUUUCUCAACUGACUGAAGUUUUGUGUGAAGUGUACGGAAAAAGGACACAAAAGGUGGAAAAUGUUUUGGGUUAACGUAUCCGGUAGGCUAGCACAUCUGCACUGAGAUGACUAACAUGGAAUUCAGGCAAACACAGUCCUGGAAAAUCAUCGAGAGCAGUACAUCUGGAUUGCAUUACUGGACUUGACAAGAGAGAGAGGGGUUGAGAGCGUGCGCAGCUUAGCAGAAUGUUCAUGAAUUGCAGAAGGGUGAGAAAAUGGCAUUUUCUACAGCUUGUCUCCAUGUGCUGUGUCAUGUCAGUCCUUAUGGUUUGCUGGGACCACGUGGACCACAGCGUCGUGAGCCAUGUGAAGUCCUACUCCUACCGCUACCUAAUCAACAGCUACGAUUUCAUCAACAAAAGCCUCAGCGUCAGCCCAAAGGAAGCCGCCAGGUUUGGUAGCUUCCCCUAUUUGCUAAACAACGAGGACGUUUGUAAAGACAAAGACGUGCUGCUUCUCCUCUUCGUGAAGUCCUCCCCAGGAAACUUCAGAAGACGACAGGCCAUUCGCUCCACUUGGGGCAACGAGUCCUACAUAAGUCACGAACUGGGUGUUAUCGUAAAAUUAGUGUUUGCUAUGGGAGUUCACCCUGUGGUGCAGGACAAAUUGCACAAGGAAUUGCACAAGGAGCACAUGAACUACGGUGACCUGGUUCAGCAGGACUUCCUUGACACAUUCCACAACCUCACUGUAAAACUGCUGCUUCAGUUCCGCUGGACGCACGAAAACUGUGCGCACGCCCGCUUCCUCAUGACUGCAGACGACGACGUCUUCAUCCAUUUGCCCAACCUGGUGCGCUACCUUCAGGACCUCAGAAGACAGAACGUGCGCAACCUUUGGGUCGGCCACGUUCACAGGGGGGCGCCUCCCGUUCGCCGCAGGGACAGUAAAUACUAUAUGCCCUUCGACAUGUACCAGUGGUCUUCCUACCCAGAUUACACUGCCGGGGCUGGCUACGUGGUCUCUGGCGAUGUGGCAGCCAAAAUCCAUCAGGCCACGCUGGCUCUGAACGCCUCUAUGUAUAUCGAUGACGUCUUCAUGGGUAUCUGUGCCAUUGCAGCGGGCGUUUCGCCUCAGGAACACGUUUAUUUCUCGGGUGAGGGGAAAACGCCCUAUCACCCGUGCAUCUAUGAAAAAAUGAUCACCUCUCAUGGACAUGAGGACGAUAUUAGGUAUCUGUGGAAGGCUGCGACCGCCCCGCAGGUAAAAAGUAUUUCGUCUGGACUGGUUGGGAAACUCUAUUGUGCGGCUGUGAAAAUGGCGCUGCUUUGUAAGCCGUACUUUACAAACACGUAUUCGUGCAUGGCAGCUUUUACAUGAUGCACUAUGAAGUCCGAGCAGUAUUUAAAUCUCUCUCUCUCUCUAUUUUGUUUACUUUUGCGUUAAAUGUUAAAUAUUUUGUCAGUUCCCAAAAAAGUUAAAAGCUGUGCGCCCUAAGCAUUUGUUUUACACUUUUAUUUUAUUUUAAUUUAAUUUAUUUAUUUUUCAUGGACAGUGUAGGGCGAGAAAGCAGGAAUGGGAUGGAAACACUAAAUUUAAAUAAGUUAUCUAAAAUGACAUGAGUCUCACAAAACCUGUCAAGGUCCUAUUUCCCUCCAAAAAAAUAAACAAAGAAAGAAAAAAAUAUUGAGUAAAUAUAAAACAUGGAUAAAGUGAUUCUGGAAAUAUUAAGACUUUUCCACCAAAUUUUUACUACCAUAAUUUACGAUUUCUCAUCUUUGUAUUGCAAGACAAAUAAUGGUAUAUUAUUUAAAAUAUCAUAUUAAUUUUACUGUAUUGUGUGAUUACAGUUAUGAACAAUAUUAAGAAUUACCAUGAACUGAGAAUGAGAAGUAAAAAAUUAAAAAAGGAUAAGGAGAAAAUGAAAAAUAGCAUUUAAUUAAUGCUUAAUGCUAGUAAAAUUAAUAUUAAAAGCAAUAUUUGCAUUUAAUUUAUUAAUUUAUUUCAAUUGUUUCUAUCAUCAUGAACAUACUGCCACUUGUCAAAAAAUUUAUGCCUAAUAAUCUUUUUUGUGAGAUGAAAUGGGCUUUGACAUUUUAGCAUAUUCUUAGUUUCCAUUCCUAUGUAUUAAGACUGUAUUUAGCUUCUAGGAAAGUAUUUGUUUCACUUUGGCAUGCUAUUAGAGAGUGUGUCUCAACUUUCUUUCAUGUUGCAAAUGUCAUAUGCUUCUGCUUAAAGCUUUCAAACAUUUUAAUGAACUGAUGGUGCUACUUGUGAAUGAGGAUUUUAACAAGUUACAUUUUGCUACAAUAAAUCUAAUCCUUUUGAGAUUUAUUGCAUUGUGACAUUAUUAUCAUGACAACUAAUCCUCAAUCUCAUCAACCAAAUACAAACAAUAUUAUUCUUCAUACUGUAAUGUGAAAUUACUGUAUUACAGAAUAUAAUAAGAAUCACCACUGAGAAUAAUUGGAAUAAGAAGAAUGAAGCUUCAGUAUGCGAAAACACUGCCAAAAAUGUACAUUCCCUUAAGUGUUUUUAUUUCCCACUAUCAUUCUGAAUUUAAAUCAAUUAAAGUGUUAAUUCCAUCA